GCGCGUGGUACGGCCCACACCUUUAGAGCGGCGGCGCGUGCGGCCGCCCUUCGCGUUCUUCCGCCCGCGCUUGCCGGGCUGCUCCCCCUCGAGGGUGCGCUUGGUACGGCCCGCGCUGCCUCCUUCCCAAGUCCGGGGUAGUUGCCCCCCCUCCAGGUCGGCGGCGCUUGGUGCCGUCCGGGAGAACGAGGUCAUCGGUCGGUUCCCGUGAAAACAAAAACAAUCGCCUGCGCCGCCGCGAGCAGUCGAACGCGGCAAGCAGGGGUCUGGGACGUGGGGCCGGGAGGGGCGAGCGAACGGGAGCAGCGGCGACGCGCCGGGGGGGCCGAGGAGCCAUGGGGUCGGCGGGCACGGGCUGCGCGGGGCUCCCCUGGCGCCGCGGCUAGCGCGCCAGCCGCCUCGGCACCCUCAGCCGCCCGCGCCGCCCGCCUGGGGGACGAGGAGCAGGACGCGGCCUCGGCGGGGCCCGGGCGGAACGGCUGCGGACACCGGGCGCCGGGGAGCCGAGCGCCGCCGCCUCCGGCAUGGAUCAGUGCGUGACCGUGGAGCGCGAGCUGGAGAAGGUGCUGCACAAGUUCUCGGGCUACGGGCAGCUGUGCGAGCGCGGCCUGGAGGAGCUCAUCGACUACACGGGCGGCCUCAAGCACGAGAUCCUGCAGAGCCACGGCCAAGAUGCUGAAUUAUCAGGGACACUUUCACUUGUUUUGACACAAUGCUGUAAAAGAAUAAAGGAUACUGUUCAAAAAUUGGCCUCAGACCACAAAGACAUCCACAGCAGUGUUUCUCGAGUUGGAAAAGCCAUUGAUAAGAAUUUUGAUUCUGACAUUAGCAGUGUGGGAAUAGAUGGCUGCUGGCAGGCAGACAGCCAAAGGCUUCUCAAUGAGGUGAUGGUGGAGCACUUCUUCCGACAAGGAAUGCUGGAUGUAGCCGAGGAGCUCUGCCAGGAAUCUGGUCUUUCAGUAGACCCAAGUCAGAAGGAACCAUUUGUGGAGUUAAAUCGAAUAUUAGAAGCAUUAAAAGUCAGAGUUCUGAGACCGGCUCUGGAGUGGGCAGUAUCAAACCGAGAAAUGCUUAUAGCCCAAAACAGCUCCUUGGAAUUUAAGCUACACAGACUCUAUUUUAUUAGCUUGUUAAUGGGUGGAACUACAAAUCAGCGAGAGGCAUUACAAUAUGCUAAAAAUUUUCAGCCAUUUGCCCUAAAUCAUCAAAAAGACAUUCAGGUUUUGAUGGGAAGCCUUGUGUACCUGAGACAAGGAAUUGAGAACUCACCAUAUGUUCACCUGCUUGAUGCAAACCAGUGGGCUGAUAUCUGUGACAUCUUUACACGGGAUGCCUGUGCCCUCCUGGGGCUCUCUGUGGAGUCUCCACUCAGUGUCAGUUUCUCGGCAGGUUGUGUGGCCCUGCCAGCUUUAAUUAACAUCAAAGCUGUGAUUGAACAGAGGCAGUGCACUGGAGUUUGGAACCAGAAAGAUGAAUUACCCAUUGAAGUGGACCUUGGUAAAAAGUGCUGGUAUCACUCUAUAUUUGCCUGUCCUAUCCUUCGUCAGCAAACAACAGAUAACAAUCCACCCAUGAAAUUGGUCUGUGGUCAUAUUAUAUCAAGAGAUGCCCUGAAUAAAAUGUUUAAUGGUAGCAAAUUAAAAUGUCCAUAUUGUCCAAUGGAACAAAGUCCAGGAGAUGCCAAACAGAUAUUUUUCUGAAGAAAUAACUUUAGUGUGCAAUUUGUAAGUGAAACUGAAUUAUGAGUGCAUAUCAGAAGAGAACGUUCCAUUAAAUGCAGCUAACCAAGGAUUCCUGUGUUUAUAUAAGCUAAUGCUCCAGAAACUUUGCCAACAUGUUAGUGUACACACACUGAGGGGAACGCUCCAGGUGAAUAUUAUCAUAGGGCUUUAUUAUAUUCUUGGUCUUCAUUUCUGAUCAAGUAAAUACACCAGCAGUUGUCAUUCAGUGCAGGUUUUUGUACUUAAUUAUACGGUGAUUUUUUUACUUUUUAACAGCAGAAACAGAAAUUGACCUCCCCGCCAUGUGUUUAAUAUUUCUCCUGCUUUUACUUUUGUCAUUUUCUUGAUAAUUGUAAGCCUUGAGAGUGUUUGUGAAAAAGUUUUUAUUUCUUGUUAUGUAUACACAAUUAAAUGAAUAUUCUUCAGAAAAAGUUUCAUAAAUGGAAUUGUGGUUAUAAAGCUAAUUUGCAUUUUUUCGCUUAAGUAAGAAAGAUGUGAUAGACUCCAAAUUUGCUUUUUCAUGUUUUUCUCUGCUCCAGCUCUUGCCAGGAAGUCAGCACACCUGCAUUUGAGCUGUGCUUAUAGCCCCAGCAGGCUGCCUGUUUAAAAUUCCAUCAUGAAUUUAGCAGGCUGGUGUGAGAAGUCUCCCACUGGAUAGUGGAAGGAGUACUAUUGUUUUUUUGCUUUUAUUGCCAAGAGGUGCUUAUUUUAAAAGUAUGUUCAAUAAAAUGAAAUGCUGAAGUUAGAAGUGUUCUUAAGUUGAUAUUUGCUCUCUUGAUCUUGGUAGCCCACUUCUCUGAAAUCUGCCUUCAGGACUUGGCUGUCAAUUGCAUUUGUAUGUCAUUGCAGACACAGUGUUGUGCAUGUGUGUAUAUAUAUGUGCACCAGCAUCAAACAUUGUGUAUCUAGAAGGGAAGAAGCAUGUUCCAGUCCUAAAAUGCAGUUACCAGACCCAUCACUUUAAAUCCUUAAAGUUAGAAGCUAGCAAAUUUUCUGUCAUGCAGAAUAUGUUUACUGCUGUUUUUGUGUUUGAAUGGUAUACUGUUCAAUGCCUCUCUUCUGCAAAGUGUAUCAUCUCAUUGACUGUGAAUCUGUAUAUUAUUCUGAAGGAUACAGAUAAUGAUCUUUUCUCUUGUGAGGUAUUUUCAUUUAAUGCACUGUCCAGAAAUAGCCAUGUGUAAGAGUCUUUCCCUGUAUGUACAUGGAAGAGACUUAUGUGGACAUUAUUUUGACUUAAACCCAUGAAGUUACUUCAUUAUGAGAAGAGUGUUAUGGAAAUCACCAAAUAUUUUGCAACUUUAUUUCAUCUGACAUGGAACUGAUCAUCAAUGUACGAGUACAUUCAUGAGAAAGUGAAAAAAGAAGAAAUCAGAAGCAAAGAGAAAUGGGAUACUUCACAUUUUAAACUACAAAUGGACUUAGUUUGAGGGAGGGGAAUAACAGGUUUGGUGCUAAGUUAAUUGGAAACUGGCAGCAUUUGCAGUAAUAUACCAGCCUGAAUGGUUUAUCCUGAAAUGUUUACCUGGGAGAGCUGGGAUUAGUUUGUGAAGAAAAUGGGUACUGCAGAAAAGCCCUGCUUACUUAUUGUGUGGUGAGGCUACAUUGAUGGCUCCUGUGUGCUGUGCAGCUUAGCCAGCAAUCGGGAUUGGCCCAGCUCAGAAUGCCUGCCUUGUCCAACCUCUGGCCCCAUAGGACUUUUGCCGCAUGUUUCUGCUUCACUGGUGGAACCCUCUGUAAAGGUGCCACUCUCUCCACUAAAGCAGUGAAGGAAGAAAGCUGAGACGAGCUCCUUGGACUGCAAAGAGAAGGUAGAGAGUUCCAGCCAGUACUCUGGUUGAGGGUGUUAACUGGCUUCUUAGAUACAGUUUUCCUUUGAAUUAAAGCCUAGAGUAUCUUUUUCUUUCUUUCUUUCUUUUUUUUAUAAAACCUUUUUCUCCCUAGGCCAAAUUUAGCCUUAUUCACAACUUACCCUCACCUUUCCACUUCAACCACUGAUACAGCAUUUAGCCUUCACGUAAGGUUUGAGUGAUACAGAUAUGCUCUAGAGGCUGGUGAUAAAUAUUUUUGGUGGCCAGACACUUCACACAGUUGGCUCAGGCCACUUUUAGGGACAAAAGCCAGAGCUAUGCUUUGUCCCUCUCCCAGUUUUGGGACUCCUGUUGACAGUUUUCUGUGCAGCUCAUAAAACUUUAACAAGAACAUACAUUAACUGAAGCAUUUGACUUACAGGUUCCUGUGUUAAGCUCCUUAUAGUCCCACUGGACAGAAGGCCAAAAAUUUGAAACUCUGUUGAUCUGACAAUUUAACAUGAAAAUUAUGUCUCGUGAUCUUCUUUAAGUGCACGGACUUAAAAUUCAUUGGAGACUAAAUGUGAAGGAGAGGUGGAUUUGAAGAGGCCAGACUUUUACCAAAGAUGCUGAAGUUCAAUGUUCUGUCCUUCCUACUCUAGAAACACCUUCACAAAUGGUGUUUUGACCAUAUCAUUGCUGAUGCUAUAUGUAUGUCAGCAGUAUGGGAGGGUGAUGCUAUUUGUCUCUCUCUGAGUUCGCUUGCAAAAAAUGAUACAGGCAAGGUUUUUUAUAGUCAGACUAAUUAUAAUAAUAUACAUUGAAAACAGACUUUCAGAAUGGUUCCUAAAUUUCUUUCGGAACCGUUUCCAUUUAUCAGUUGUGGGCAAAGGCCAUGGGACUAUGCUAAACCAAUAAAAUCAUAUUAUCAAAUCUUUAGGUUUUGACCUAGCCAGAAUAUCUGUGUUUUCAAGUACAGUCUUUACACUGGCUAAGGUUGUCUUCUGAUCUUUCUCCUUUGUGUGAUCAUCACAGAUGCCAUUUCUGUUGUUUUAGUGGUGAUUAUAUGAGACUUCUAAUACAUAAAUGAACGGGUAUUGGUGCCUCUUUAUUUUAAAAAUUUUGAGAAAAGAGCCACCUCAUUUUCAUAGGGUGUGUAUUUUGUGAGUGUGUGAGCAUUUAAUUGAAAAUAAGAAAGUUAUGAAGUAAAUCUUUUUAAACUUUUCUGCAGCAGCUAAUGUAUACAGAGACACUAAAACCCACACCAAAUUAUGUGGGGAAUGAGGAUCUUUUUUUUUUUUUCUCUCCAGGUAGUCCCACAGCUCAUGCCAUUCAAGUUCAGUAUUCUUUAUGCUGUGAGUUAUUUCCACCUCAGUGGUUUCAGCCUUUGAGACAGUGGAUAUUGCAAAAACCAGGAGCGCUUGGCUGUCCAUACAAGACAAACUGCUUGCAGACUUCAUGAGCCCUCUGGCUUUCCAGCUCAACCGCUGAUAAAGUGGACUGAUAGCCAUGGUAUUCACUCUGUUAGUCAGCAGACUCAGGUUAUUUUCAGGGAAGGUGUGGAGGCAUUGUUUGGUUAGUUUCAUCAGUAGGAUGUGUAAGGUGAAGACAUAAACCAAAUACCUUUCACUACUUAACUCUAGUAUAUUAUCUUUAGUAACACUAGAAAUGCUGUGGUCUUGAGGGAGGGAGGCACACAGAAGGUUUGGCAUUUCAUAAGCCUAUCCAGCUGUGGCAGGUAUUAUGUAGUGUGGUAGUGUUUACCAUAAAGAGGUACAAGCUUCACGAACUGUUUUUAUCGAACUAUGAUUGAAUAGAUACCAAAAAUAGAAUGACAAAUGUAUUUUAACAGCAGAUGAGGCAAUUGGUUGUAGGAUGCAUUCUGUGUUGUUGAUUUUACUUCAAGACCUAUUGAGAGAAAAAAAGUUUUGUUUUCAAGACAUUUCUGCUACAGUUUAAACUGUAGUGGGCAUAUGCUUCAUUUUCUUCCAAAGAGGCAAAAGCAGCUGGAACUGGCUUACAGCACAUGCUUUGUUUCGCGGUAUGGGUGAAGACGUCCACUCUUAUUUUAGAGUCACUUACCCUUCUACAGCAAGGCAGAUGUGGGGUUCAUUAGGAUUUUGUGCCUGAUCUUUUCUUUUGGGGAGGGGUGGGAGUGAAUGUAUUUGGGAUGGGAGAGAAGCAGAGAAGAAAUGAGAGUGUGAGUGAGUGUGCAUGUGUCUGGAAUUCACCAUUACCCCCACUUGUGUCUAGCAAGGAGCAGGUGUUUGAUGUACUUUGCUCAUGACUGCAGUGUGCAUGUAUUUUUUCUUCCGUGUUUUCUAAACUUACACUAAAAGGAUUCAUUAAAUCAUCUUGUUCAGAUGGCUCAGGAUUGUAUUUGUUUUGCUUACCCUGUGCUCUUGGGUUCUAUAGUAUUUCUAUAAUUAUGUAACAAGAAUAGUGUUGCACUGUAAUCUAUCAUAUAAAGUUAUAUGUAUGGAAAAUUUUGAUCAGUUUUUUAAGAAAUGUAUCCUGUUUGCAGAGGCACAAUAAAGUUGUAUCUUAUAGACUAUAGGCAAUAAAGCUAACAAUAAACCUUAUUUAACACAAACCAUAUUCAUAUUCUCUGCUUAUUUGAUUUUAGAAAAAGUCUAGCAUACUCAGUAGUUUCAGGGAUUUCAUUUUAACUUAAAAAACUCUGAAAUGUUUAAUUUAUAAAUUUUGGACCGAUAUAAUAGAGUUUCUGAAAACUAUAAGAAAUACUUUGUUAAUGUGUGUAUUCCUAUGUAAAACACAU